AUGAUUUGGCUUGCUACCCUGUGGUUAGUGCUACCUGUGGUGUCAGGUCAAGCAGCGCUUUACGGCCAGUGCGGCGGAAGUGGAUGGACUGGAGCUACGUCUUGUGUGGCAGGGGCUUGCUGCAUAUACUCCAAUCCGUAUUACUCUCAGUGUCUUGCAUGCACCACAACCUUGACCACGAAGGCGUCGACUUCGACUUCAAGCUCGACCACUUCGUCGGUCCAUUCGAGUUCGACAUCGACAUCCACAACUACGUGCAGUCUUCCGUCGGUAUACACUUGGAAAUCGACUGGCCCACUUGCAAACCCAGAGUCUGGAUAUGUCUCUCUCAAGGAUUUCUCUCACGUGCCAUACAACGGGCAGCAUCUUGUGUAUGCGUCUGAUGUUAACAGCGCGGGAAAUUACGGCUCGUUGAACUUUGGUCUUUUCUCGGAUUGGACUCAAAUGACCUCGGCGAGCCAGAAUGUGAUGGGUAAUGGUGCAGUUGCCCCGAACAUUUUUUAUUUCCAACCCAAGAAUGUAUGGGUUCUCGCCUAUGAAUGGGGCUCCAGCCCAUUCAUGUACAUGACAUCUAGUGACCCUACAAAUCCCAAUGGAUGGUCAUCGCCUCAGUCGCUAUUUAGUGGCUCGAUCUCGGGCUCUAGUCCUAUCGACCCGGCCCUCAUCGCUGAUGAUACAACGAUGUAUCUCUUCUUCGCGGGAGACAACGGUAAUAUCUAUAGGUCCUCUAUGCCUAUCGGCAAUUUCCCGGGAAGCUUUGGCACAUCAUACACCACAAUCUUGACCGAUUCAACCUACAAUCUGUUUGAGGCCGUUCAGGUUUAUCGGGUGCAAGGACAAAACCAAUACCUGAUGAUUGUGGAAUGCAUUGGAGCAAACGGAAGAUACUUCCGUUCCUUCACGGCUUCCAGUCUUGGCGGCUCGUGGACGGCGCAGGCUACGAGCGAGUCUGCACCAUUUGCUGGUAAAGCCAAUAGUGGAGCCACUUGGACCAACGAUAUCAGCAGUGGUGAUCUUAUUCGGAGCAGCCCCGAUCAGACGAUGCCCAUUGAUCCGUGCAACUUACAGUUCCUAUACCAAGGCCGAGACACUAGUUCCGGGGGUUCUUACAACCUUCUCCCAUACCGUCCUGGCCUCCUGACACUGGUAGGCUAG